AUGUCUGUGCAUCGCAGGGGCGGCGCUGCAAGGGCAGAGCGGAGGCCCCCACGGGGCGGCUCGGGGGCCCCCAGAAGUCUGAAGAGGCACUCUGCUGCCUUCAACAGCAGCAGCAGCAGCAGCAGCAACAGCAACAGCAGCAGCAGCAGCAGCAGCAACAAAAACAGCAACAAGAGUAGAAACUUCUCCUCAAGGGGACGAGGCGGGGGCCGGGGGCCCCCGAGUGACAAAUUUGGUAAUAGAAAAGGCAGCAGCAGCAACUCAAAUGAGAGCAGCAAGGAGCAGCAGCAGCAGCAGCAGCAGCAACAGCAGCAGCAGCAACGGCGGCAGCAGCGGAACGAAUCGCGUACACAGCCCUAUGGUGAUGAUGAUGAUACAAUAAAGCAAGAGCGGCAGCAGCUGCAGCAGCAAGUGAAGGCGGCGCUGCAGCAGCAGCGAAGCAAAGACGCCUCAGCAAGGCGUUGGGAUGACUGGCAGCAGCGGAAGCAGCAGAAGCAGCAGCAGCAGCAGCAGCAGCAGCAGCAGUUUGGUAGCCGCGUUGCGGGGGAUGCUGGGGGCCAAAGCGGCGCCAUGAAGUUUGCUGCAGCAGCAGCAGCAGCAGCAGCAGGGAGUCCCUUUGUGGUUGCUUCGCGUUCUGAUGCUGCAGUUGCAGCAGCAGCAGCAGCAGAUGAGCUGCUGCAGCAGGAAGAUGUGCUGCAGUGGCUAGACAGCUGGGCUUCACAUACCCAGCAGCAGCAGCAGCAAAAACAGCAGCAGCAGCAGCAGCAGCAGCAGCAGUGUUGA